GAAAGAGGAUUAAGUUUAUUGAAAACUGUGAGCUAAUUAAAACGAUUAACCGUCAUUUUUAAAAUUGAAUCCGUUAAUUAAUAGUUGAAAGCAAUUCGCCGACUGUCUAUUUCUCUGUCUUUUUAUCUUCUCACGUUUAACGGAUUCGAGUUCAUUUCAUUUCUAAACUUUCACCAAUCAAGUUGAUUGAUUUCUCUUCAUCAAGUUGCAUUUUCUUUUCUGUGUUUUACUCGUAAUUAGUUUUCUACGAUUGUUCUUUACUUUUCAGUGCUAACAUGAGUUCGUCAGCUAAACUCGGCGAUGGUCCGAAAGAAACAAGUGACCAAUCAUCUAAUCCAUUUGCCAAUCCUCUUGAACUAAUUGCGACUUCAAUUGAAAAGUUACAAUCCCGAAUAAUGAAAAGAAUCAUAAUUUUUAAAUGCAUUUUGGUUUUUCGUCUUCAAGUUACUACGUCACCAGAUGAACAUGAUGAGAUAAUCGAUGAACAAAGGGACGAGUUCGCGGAAACACUAGGAAAAGAGCUGUUUGUUUUCCGGAAACAGGUCAGAAGUCUCAUGAGUUCGUCCGAAUCUGAACUCAAUAAAAAAAUUAUCGCGAGUUUUCCCACUGAAAUCGUCGAUUCAUUAUCCGGAACAAUCGAUCAGCAAUUAGAGGAAAUAGUGAUUCGACUACGUAAAGAGUAUGUUCAUUUCUGUAAGCACAUUGAAACCUCGAUGAAAAAGUUGGAAUCUGAAUUCGAGAAAAAAAUCGAAACUUUUUUUGAGCAGAAAAUGAAAAGUUUAGAGUCUGAAUUUCCAAUUCUGAAAGUACCGAAUGAGUUCUAAUCUAAAAGAUUAUCAUUCUCAUCUUUAUUAAAUUUCAUUUAAUAAAUAUUCUUAUAUUAAUUACAAAUA